AUGGCUCAUAGACUCUCAAGAUCUGAAAAAGGAAAAUGGGUCUCAGACUCGAGUAAGCAGACUCGCCGGCCUUCAGUCAUUAUCCCGGCCACUGAUAACUACGCUCUCAUCGAAGCCAACAAGUUCACCCUUAUAGGGCGAGUAACCAACGCUAAUAUCCAGAAGACUAGAGCUCUAGUUGACUUUUUCCUCCAACAUUGGUCCGUUGUUAGACAGUUUACAGGAAGAGAACUCGGACCGCGGCUCUUUCAGUUCACCUUUGAAUCAGAGAGGGACCUUCAAACGAUCCUACAAAAAUCACCGUUCCACUUCAAACGUUGGAUGCUGAUUCUUCAAAGAUGGGAACCUAAUACCUCUGAUGACUUCCCAUCGCUUAUCUCCUUUUGGGUACGUAUUCAUGGAAUUCCUCUGCAUUUCUGGAAUGAGCAGACCCUUGAAGCCAUUGGAGCUGGAAUAGGGCUUGUAGGACCAAAGGAUGUGGACAGAGGCAGAGUCCGAGUACAUCUCAACGGACACAAACCUCUGGAAAUGUUCUUGGACAUCACGUUACCGACUGGAGAGUCUAAGAAAGUGGAGCUCGAGUAUGAGAAGCUCGAGUAUGAGAAGCUCGAGAAACACUGUUUCCUCUGCAAGGCGUUAACGCAUGAAAAAGAAGACUGCCCUCGCAGACAAGACUUGGAAGGCAAGGUAGUAGAACCUAAAGACAUUAACUACUCUAGAACAAAGGAUAGUCUUGAUGCAUUUAGAAGAGCAAAGGAUGAGAAGAAAGUUGAUCGCUCCCGGGCUCCACAUGUCUUCGAUAGAGAGAGAGAGGAUCAGGCACUUUACCAUCGCAGAGGAGAAGGAUAUGAAACCCCUCGCGCACCUCGACCUAGAUCCCCAACGCGCUCUUAUUACUCAGAGAGGAGUCAUUACCAUAUAGACCUUCCCUUGGAAUCACUCAGAGAAAAGGAAAGAACUUCCUCUAUCUCAAAAUAUGGUAACAGAUAA